CACACAUGAACAAACAAUAAUUAAGGCUUUUCCCCCUCAUAUUUUUUCUCCAUGUGAAAAGACCUUAAAUAAAAGCUCUUUUCAAAUUCUUCAUUUAAAUACUUGAAUUAAAUGUUUGUUGUAAAAGGGCUAUCUGAAAAGUUUGAAGCAUUACUAUUGAGGUCUAGCAGGUGGUGUUAACUUUAAAUUCUACAAGAACCUCUUUUACUCCAUGGGAGUGCAAAGGCCAACGCUUAGAUGACGUCAGAUUAAAUCUCUCUGAUUCAAACAUUCACGCUAAAUAAAUAAAAGAAAUAAGAAUUUCAACCAACCCUUCUUAACGUUUUGUAGUUUAAGCAAAAAGAAAUAAACACACUUAGACUGCCUUCUAUGUCUAUGUGUGAGCUUUCCAGGACACUAAUACAUCCAGCUUAUUAAACACACUUACCGUAUUGCAGACUUAUCAAACAAACGUACCUUAUUGCAGAAUUUGGGGUGAUGGCAAGCCAAAAAUGUAGGAAACAUGCAUUACUCUAGUUGGCUUAAACUGGUGUUGCAUAGUGUAUUUGGUCUCGCGUGUAUUUCAAAAUACAGCGGUAGAUGUAGCAGGAAUAUUAAAGCCCAGUGAAUUACUAGUCCAACAGUAAUGUGGCAGGUAGCUUGUACCCGACACAUAAGUUACUCUAGGUAACUUGUACCUUGGACCAAAUAGUGAUUGUGUUUUUCAACACUGCACUCCAGUUAUACGCAUGUUCCUCUAUGUUAUUCAUUCAUCAGUGUGCAACCUAUCUACAGAUAUCAUAUUUUACAGAGGUUUAGACAAAUAUUAGUAAUCAGUUCCUCACCAAGCCCAAGCUCUCUGAAGACAAGUAAAAAACCUCAUCACAAAUUCAUAUGAAAUUGUCAGAACCACCCCUCCACCUCAAUGGAGGACUUAAUGGAGACAUGUGUAUAAUUUUAUACUUUGUUUCCAUGUUUGGUAACGUGCAUUAUCUAAAUACUUUAUAUUUUUUAUGUUGCUUGAUUACUUCUUUUGUUUGUUUUCUGCAGCUACUGAGUUAUAGGUCAUAUGAGGGUAGGGGCACUGACAUUGGAUCUGUUUGUGUUGUGAUUUGAAUUUAAUUAUUAAAAAACGUGCACAAUUUGUGUAUAUUUUUGAUUAUGGAGUGUGCACUCUCUUUAUCAAUACUUUGAAAUCUUUGAAAUUUUAUCUUUAUGUUUUAUUUUAUUUCAUUACACCCCCAUCCCACCAAAUAAAAUUGGAAAAAUAAAAUAAAAAAACGUAAGCCAAUAGCUUGAUGCUCAUGGGAUGCAUGGGGGAAAACCAAUGCGUUCAGUUUGGGUUCAUGGGCAGUGGCUCAUCAACCAGCUAUAGCCUACAUAAAUAGGCCUACAUUAAAUUCAAGCUGCAUUAUUGAAAGAAUGCUCCUCUCCAACAUCACUGAAUCUGGAGGAGUUGCCCUCUCGGUGAACUUCGAGAGUCCUGUAGAUUAUCUCAUUUUUAUUUUCCAGAUUUUAUUCGCCACAGCUACUAUCCUCGUAGCAGGACCUGUAGUCAUUACCAUCUUGGCCACCAGAGCGCUCCGCCUCCAAAACAGGUUCAUUUUCAUGCUGAACACCAGUGUGUGUGACACGCUGGUUGGGUUUUCUGUGUAUUACAUCGGUCUGUUUGAUGUUCAGGAAGGCUAUCCUUCGAGGAAUGGAACUUAUAAUAUCUUAAAUUAUCUUAUUGGGGUAAACAUGAUGACAUUUUUAUUUGCACAAUUUGACCGCUAUUUUGCCAUUUGUCAUCCAUACAUCUACACGCGCUUUAUAACACGGCGAGUGACUAUUUCUGUAAAUGUCUACUGUUGGCUUCAUGUCUAUGGUCAGCUGAUGGUUUCAAAUAUCUUGCCAGUUUCCAAAGCAAUACAGCUGUAUGUUUUCGGCAUUGUCAGUUUACAAGUCAUUGUGCUCACCAAAGUGAUCAUGACUAUCAAACUGUAUGUUGUUGCCAGAUUCCAGGUUGAAAGAGACCCUCCCAGCGCAGACAAAGAAAGCAAGAAGGAGUCAUUAAGAAUCAUCAUAUUUGUUGUCACAAGCUUCUUGGUGUUGUGGGGCCCCUCUUUUGUUAAUAUCAUCCUCAGACUGCUACUAAACGGAGGGCUGACAUUUAGAAACGAGGCCACCAAUCCUUUCGCCAUCAUGGCUCGUUUAAACGCUGUGUGCACACCGGCAGUGUACUUGUGGGGGAGUCCGGCUCUGAGGAAAGCCUUAGUGAAGACAGUGUGGGGAAGAGUGUGCCCAAGAUGCAAGAAGAGGUAAGAGGUUAAAUGUCGCUAUUCUGAAUUAA